GGGUCGCUCGGUCCUCGCCCCGCCGUCAUGCGCGCCUAAGCCUCCUUCCUGGGCUGGGAUUGACGCGCAGGUUUUCUUCAUGGAAGCGAUGUCGCCCCAACAGGAUGCUCUAGGGGGACAGCCGGGGCGCUCGGCAUCCCUGACGGGAAUGUCUCGGAUCGCCGGAGGCUCGGGCACCAAGAAGAAAAUGAAAACACUAGCAGAAAGGAGGAGGAGUGCUCCAUCCCUUAUCCUGGAUAAAGCCUUGCAAAAACGGCCUAGUACCAGAGACAGCCCUUCUGCUAGCAUCGACACGUGUGCAUUUCUAUCAUCGUUUGUGUGCUCCAGUAGGACUUUACUGAUUGAUGGCCCAGUAGAACUCAAAAGAGGCCUACAGAGACAGGAGCGGCAUCUUUUCUUAUUCAAUGAUCUAUUUGUUGCUGCCAAAAUCAAAUACAACAAUAACUUUAAGAUAAAAAAUAAAAUUAAAUUAACUGAUAUGUGGACAGCAAGCUGUGUGGAUGAAGUGGGAGAAGGUAAUACCAAUGCCAUGAAAUCCUUUGUCUUGGGUUGGCCCACAGUGAACUUUGUGGCCACUUUUAGUUCUCCAGAACAAAAGGACAAAUGGCUGUCUCUGCUUCAGAGAUACAUCAAUCUAGAGAAAGAGAAGGACUUCCCGAAGAGCAUUCCCCUCAAAAUCUUCGCCAAGGACAUUGGGAAUUGUGCCUAUUUUAAAACUAUAACAGUAAUGAAUUCAGAUACAGCGAGUGAAGUUAUCAGCAUGUCAUUACAAAUGUUAGGGAUAACUGGCUCUGAGAAAGAUUACCAGCUGUGGGUUAAUUCUGGAAAAGAAGCAGCACCAUAUCCACUCAUUGGGCAUGAAUAUCCUUAUGGAAUUAAAAUGAGCCAUCUCCGCGACACUGCCCUCCUGACACAGGGAUCAAAGGAUUCUGCCACUGCUUCCAACUUCCAAGAACCCUUCCUCAUGGAACAGCUGCCCCGAGAGAUGCAGUGCCAGUUCAUCUUGAAGCCCAGCCGCUUGGCAACAGCCCAGCAGCUGAGUGAUUCAGGCCAGAAGGCAUUUAAAAGGAGAAGAUCUAUUAUCAACUGGGCCUUUUGGCGAGGCUCUAGCACUCACCUGGACAGCUUGCCUAUGUCGCCAACGUCUCCUAUGCCAGGACAGCUCUUUGGAGUUCCUCUACCAGAUAUAUGUGAGAAUGACAAUCUGCCCAAGCCUAUCUUAGAUAUGCUUUCCUUUCUUAAUCAAAAAGGUCCACUCACAAAAGGCAUCUUCAGGCAGUCGGCCAAUAUAAAAUCCUGUAGAGAGCUAAAAGAGAAACUGAAUUCUGGAGUCGAAGUACAUCUAGACUGUGAAUCUAUUUUUGUAAUAGCAUCUGUCUUAAAGGAUUUUCUGAGAAAUAUCCCAGAAAGCAUUUUUUCUUCAGAUCUCUAUGAUCACUGGGUCUGUGUAAUGGAUCAAGGAAAUGAUGAGGAGAAAAUAAAUACAAUUCAAAGGCUAUUAGACCAGCUUCCCAGAGCCAAUGUUGUUUUCCUCAAGUAUCUGUUUGGGGUGUUACACAGCAUUGAACAGCACUCCAUGUCCAACCAGAUGACUGCAUUUAACUUAGCUGUAUGUAUUGCUCCAAGUAUUCUUUGGCCUCCUGCUUCUUCCAGCCCAGAAGUAGAAAAUGAAUUUACAAAAAAGGUUUCACUUCUUAUACAAUUUCUGAUUGAAAAUUGCUGUAGAAUAUUUGGAGAAGAAAUCACUUCUCUCUUGGGAGAGGUUUCAGUGAGAAACGACAUUAGAGAGAAUGCCUCAGAUAUUUCUUGCUUCCAAAUGAAUGACUCUUCCUAUGACAGCUUGGAGAAUGAGCUAAAUGAGGAUGUUGAUGCUCCAUGUAGUGACUUGGUGAAGAAACUUGGCCAGGGGAGCAGAAGCAUGGAUUCUGUUUUAACUCUCAGUGACUAUGACCUUGACCAGCCAGAGGUGGAAGGCCUUUUAACACUGAGCGAUUUUGACUUAGAUCAGUCCAAAGACGAACAUAUCCAACUCAACCAACCUCUUGAGUCCAAGCCAGGGAAUGUUUUUGUAACCUGCAGAAAAGUUUCACUGGGGGAGCAUUCCAGGACUCCAUCUGGCAUGUGUACACCCAGCUACCUGUCCACAGUGGCUGCAGAUACUCCAAAAGUCCCUCGGCGACAUCGGCGCUGUUCAGAGCCCAGCAUUGACUAUCUAGAUGCAAAGCUUUCCUAUCUCAGGGAGUUUUACCAGAAAAAACUACGCAAGUCCAGCUGUGAUGCAGUACUCUCUAAAAAAGAUGAAGAUUUCCUUAAACAGAAUCAACCCCUCAAGAAAGGGGACAAGACAUGUGUUAAGCAGAGUUUAGUUGUGGGCACUGAUAACAGCAAGAAAAAUGGCACUAAUGAAAAUAUCAAGGAGAAAACUUUAUCUGGUACUGAAGGCUCUCAUAUGACUCGUUUUACAAAGUCCAAGCCAGUGGCUAUUUCUGUGGCAUCUUGCAGUCAUAUGUCCUCCCAGAAUCAUUCCAGGAACCGACCUUUUGAUGCAGAUACAUCUGGAUACUCACCACCACAUACAGCAGAUGCCCUCAAGAGCUCAAGGGCAUACCGACGCUGUUCAGAGCCCAGUAUUGAUGAUCAGAACUGCAAACUGUCCUAUCUCAGGGGGAUUUAUUCAAAGAAACAGCAUAAAACCAACUGUGAGGCUGGUUUCUUACAUGGAGAAGAGGAUUAUCUCAAAAGGCACAAGUCUUUGCAGAUGGAGGGGCAGAAGCUUAUUAAUCAAAGUUUGGUCAUGGGCAUUGAGGUGGGUAAAAGUAGUGCUACAAACCAAAGCACUGAGAAGGUUUUACCCCCACGACUAACACUUUGUCCAAGGACUAGCUAUUCUAGUUUGUCGUCCCCAGGCACAUCCCCCUCCGGUUCAUCAGUGAGCUCCCAAGACAGUGCAUUUUCUCAGAUUUCUGAACACUCUGUGUUUACGCCCACUGAAACUUCCUCGCCAGUAGAUUGCACUUUUCGGACUCAGAGAAAACAGGAAGAGCUUUCUUCUGACUUAAACAGUUCCAGCCUCAUUUCUAGAAUGCCUGGCCCCUCACGAGGACUGGCCAGCAGCCAUCUGACUUACAUAAAAAAGGACCCUGUAGAGCAGUAUUCACAAAUACAUUCUGUAACUCUUCACCCUAGCGCAUGGUUGAGAAGUGGUUUGGUCACUUUGAAAAACUGGUCCCUAAAAAAGAAAACAAAAGUAGCCAGACCAGAAGCAAAGAAUAUUGGCUUCCUAAAAGAAUCUCCAGAGUCACCUUCACACUCUUCUGGGAUUCAGGAAGCCAGCUCACUACAAGAGAGGCAGAAAGACAUAGACCUGAGAGCAGCUGGAGGACUUGUAACUGUGCAGACAGCCCCUGGGUACAGUUCCUGUGCCUGUCAGGACUCAGAGCACCACUCCAGCUCUCCAUUGAGUCCAGUGGAAAGCAGACUCAAGCUUUGUAUGAAGGCACAUGAGGAAGGAGAGAGUGGAGGGCAGUGCUCUUUUGACAACCCUUGGGAAGGAGCUUCAUCCAGCUCUGCGACUGUGGAUGAUGGGACUAGCACAGAUGCAGGGCCGACGGCAGUUUGUGAUGACGACAGCGACGGGACAGACAUUUGACCAAAGACUUACUCAGUUAGAAUCUAAUGUCUGAGUACAGGAAUAUGGCUAAUAAUAACACAAAGACAGUAAUUCUUAUGGCCCCUUGUAAACAUAUCUGGGAUAGGUAGCAUAAGGAUAAUCGUUGCUAACACUUAGAACAGUCUCAUUGUUGAGAUUACUUGGCAAAAUGUUACACUAAAAAGUUUAAUCACCUAAAAUUUUGGAAGGCUUUCUGUGCACUAAUAGGAGGCUAGAGAAGCAUCUUCCAUAGAAUAAACCUGCUUAUGUCAAUAACCUGUGAAAUGAGUGUCUUGAGGAUACCAGGAUAUCAUAAAUGAAAAGCCAGGGACAGAGAAAGGGGAACCGUAGAGUUCAACUUUUUCUGUGCCACGGGAUGUCCUUAAUAAGUAGUUAAGAACCGAAGCAGUAAGAAGAAAAGAUGUAUGGUCAUUAGUGAAAUCACCUAAGACUUUUCCCAAAGUCAAAGGCAGUGGUUGCUUCUGUAGUAUUUGCUAGUCACAUGUUUUUACCAAGAUCAUCCUAGCAAUGAGCACAGUGAUACUGCUAGAGUACAUGGAUACCAUGACACCAGUUUUUUAACUUGAUGUCUUGGUUGGUUUAUUUUUCAUUAGUGUUGAAUUGAUUUUUUCAAAGUCUCCAGGAAGCAAAGCUGUAAAGAAAAGCAAGGAAAUGCCAGCUUGUUUCAGUUUCCUUCCCAAAGACAACUGUGCUAAGAACAUGCUACAGCAAUAUGAGUCUUCAUUUUAGGAAAGUGACCUCCUGAUAGUACUUGUUAUCUUAGUGUAGAAAAAAAAAGGCUGUCUUAAAAAUUCAAUAAAUGAUAUUGUAAAAUAAAUUUUCCCUGGGUAACCAAUCUAAGAGGCAGGAUUGCAGAGAAACAAUAAAAAGAUGCCAUGUUUUUCCAUGUUGAUAGCCAUAUUUAGUAAUUAAGAAAAGUCUGUUACUGUUUUGAUAUUAGCAAGAAAAUGCCACUAGUAGAAACAAGUUUAUAUGAAGGAAAUCAUGUAAAACUUUUCAUAAUUUCCCAUACAGUGGGUAGAGAUUAUCCACACUAAAAAAUUUGUGUCCUAGCAGGACAUGAAGAUGCCACAGAAAUGGCCACUCUGCUUCUGAAUUCCUUUGACCUUCAAUACUACACAGGUAUAUUUUCUCACCUAUAAGAAGUUGCCUGGCACUUAUGUGAUGUCCUCACUUUCCCAUUAAAAAAGGGACUUCUCUCUAACAAGCUAACUUACUCCAAACUGUCAUGUCAGUUGUUCUUCCCCUCUCCUAAAGGUUGCAUUAACAGUUGUAAGAUAGAAAGUGUUUAAGAAGUUAUUUCAGUAUUAGUUAUAGGUGCUACCUACCUCUUGGGGACAUGGCCCUGUUUUCCCUAAUCAUUAUAAUUAACUUUAGAAUUCUGUGUCCAAAGAGUGCUUCAUUACACUGGCCAUCUCAAUCAGAUGUGAAAAGAUUUCACCUUAUAACAAACCACUUCCAUAUUAAGACUAAUAUGUGCCCAUAUACAUCUUUUGUAGUAUAAUAUAUAAAGUUAGCAGGGGCUACCCUUCCCCCUUAGGGCAUACUACUGUCAGAAUUGCAAGAUGUGAAUUAAAAUCUUAUGGCUUGGAAUGCCUUUCUGGAAGAAAUUAUUUCUUACCAAAAAUAAUAAGUCUUAACAGUUUUUUUUUUUCAUAUUGGCAAAUAUAAAAUCAGCCACCCAAUUUGAAGCAUAGAAGAAAAUAGUUGGUAAGUUUCUUUGACAACCAUCCCCACUCUGUGUUCUUUUAGAUACUUCUAUAAUAAUGUGAAUAGUCUGUUAAUAUUGCUGUAAAGUAUUGUAUGAUUUGAAGACCGACAACAUGUUUUAUUAUGCUCCAUCAAUCUAUAAUAUAUUAGACUUAUUCUUUAUCUAAAAUGCUUUGAGUUUGUAUAAUAUAUCAACAAAUUUUAUUACCAUAUGUUAUGUAAUAAAUGUGUAUUUUUGUACUUGCAGAAACUGCUGCUAACUUUUAAAGUUGUUUGGUUUUCAAGGCACUGAUAAUGGAUAUGUAUGAAGUCUAUGCUGUCUGUUAAAUAAAAUGACAUUCUGCAAUUAACAGUCCCACAAA